UCCCCUGAUACUCGGAAAGGUUUAAUUUCUUCUGAAUGGGUGCCUGAAGCAGGAAAGGCUAAGCAUGUAUUACAGACAGCCAACCGCUCAGGGGCCACGCCGCCAAGUAAGGGACCAGCAGGCGGACACUGCGGCGCUCGGCUGGGUCACCUCUGAUUCUCGAUACACAGACACCUUCAGAGGUGGAGGCGUGAGAGACUCCCAAGCGUCCCGGGUGUGCUUCUGCAGCUCUGACGGGUGUUUGGAACCUGGGUGCCAGACGCACGGCCUUGUCUCGAAGAGGCUGCCUGUUCCUGGCGGCAUCUCCGUUACCCCGGGUAACAGCCUUGUGGCGAGGACCCGGCCCUUUAAGGGCUCUGAGACUCGGCUGUCUUCGUUUUGCGCGCCCGCCCGCGGCGCCGGCAGAGCGAAAAUGGCCCUGGCGGCGCGGGCGGUGCGGGCCCUGUGGCAGGGCCGGUGCACCCUUGCCUGGAGGCUAGGCGGCCUCCCACGGCCACUGUUCCCCACGCAGAGCCAGGCUGGCUUUGCAGGAUCGGCGGGCGGCCCAGGCCCCGCCGUCGCUGCCCGUAAUGGGAGCCCGCGGCUGCUGGGGGCUGCGGCGCUGGCCCUGGGGGGUGCCCUGGGACUGUACCACACAGCGCGGUGGCGCCUGCACUCCCAGGAACUCCGAGCAGAGCACUCAGCGGUGCAGAUCUCCCUGUCCAGUCGUCUGCAGCUGACCCUGUACCAGUACAAGACGUGUCCUUUCUGCAGCAAGGUCCGGGCAUUCCUGGACUUUCAUGCGCUACCCUACCAGGUGGUGGAGGUGAACCCCGUGCGCAGGGCUGAGAUCAAAUUCUCCUCCUACAGGAAGGUGCCCAUCCUGAUGGUCCAGGAAGGAGAAAACUUGCAACAACUGAAUGAUUCCUCCAUCAUCAUUAGUGCCCUCAAGACUUACCUGGUAUCAGGGCAGCCCCUGGAAGAGAUCAUCACCUACUACCCACCCAUGAAGACUGUGAAUGACCAGGGCAAAGAAGUGACUGAGUUCUGCAAUAAGUACUGGCUCAUGCUAGAUGAGAAGGAGGCCCAGCAAAUGUAUGGUGGAAAAGAGGCAAGGACGGAGGAGAUGAAGUGGCGGCAGUGGGCGGACGACUGGCUGGUGCACCUCAUCUCCCCCAAUGUGUACCGCACGCCUGCUGAGGCCCUGGCCUCCUUUGACUACAUCGUCCGCGAGGGCAAGUUCGGGGCUGUGGAAGGCGCUGUGGCUAAGUACAUGGGCGCAGCUGCCAUGUACCUCAUCAGCAAGCGGCUGAAGAGCAGGCACCACCUCAGGGACGAUGUGCGUGAGGACCUCUACGAGGCUGCUGACAAGUGGGUGGCAGCUGUGGGCAAAGACAGGCCCUUCAUGGGGGGCCAGAAACCAAAUCUCGCUGACCUGGCGGUAUACGGCGUGCUGCGUGUCAUGGAGGGACUGGAGGCCUUUGAUGACCUGAUGCGGCAUACACACAUCCAGCCCUGGUACCUGCGGGUGGAGAAGGCCAUCGCGGAAGCGUCCCCAGUGCACUGAGUGUUCCUGCCCACAGGGGGAAGGCAGUGAAGAGGCCAACGCCUGGUGAUGCUGUCUGUGUUAAGGGGACAUCCUGCAUCUUACCCACCUCUCGACUGCCUGUUGCUUCUAAUACGGAGUGCCUGCUGGGGCCCUGGUGUACUAGGGACAAGGCCCAGGCUCAGUUUCCAUUCACAACAGCCCUGAGGAACCGGGGGGAUGGGUUCUUUCUCCCAGCACUGUGGGCCACCUCCGCUGUGCCUCAAGCCUCCUUGUCCUCUGGGCCUUCUCCUGGGGCUCUCAGUGGCUGUCCUGUGGAUACACCCAGCGAGUGGGGAUCAGAUCAGACUCUUGCCCUCAACUGGGCAGUAGGACUGUUUGUUUUAGGGGGAGCCAAGGCUCUCCCUGGUUCUGAUUCGGGAUCCCAAGUGCCCCCUGGAACUGAGUCACGUUUAUAAUAAAAGGUUUGCUGCUUCA